CAGUGUAGGCAACACCAGAAAGACCAGAAAUGUCUCAAUCUUGAGGAUCUUGAGGAUCUUCUGCAGUCGGAAUUGGAGUGUGUGUUUGGACUUACAAAUUACUGAAUUACAUACGUGAAGCUGGUCAUAAAAAUGAAAAUUAGUUUUAGCUUAUUAGCGUUUUCACUGUUAAAAAAUAGUAGGAAGUAUGGAACACAAGUCAAGCCUUCUGUUGAAAUGGAAGAUCAACUGAUAGCUCUUAUUAAAGCUGAUGAAAUGAAACCAAGAAAACAUCCAGGUGUUAUGAAAGCGAGAACAGUAGAAGUUCCAGCAGCGGUGGUUAGCACUAUGAAAGUUAUUAUUAAGGACAAACCUGUGAGUGCUCUUCGAAUGGAAGGAGAAAAACUGGAAAGAUAUUUGAAAGGCAGGCACCCACCUGUUGAGAAAGAUCAAGUCACGUCCAAGGGAAUUGAAAUACAGCAACAGAUUGAAGCUAAACUUGGUGUUGAUUUAUUGUCACUGUCAGAAGAACAAAAAGAAGCACUGAAGUCCAGAUUCCAAAAUCUUGUAAUAAAACGCCUUAAACAUAUGUUGUAUUCCUGGAAGCCAGUUGUAUAUAAUGAACACAGUUCACUGCUGUAUAUGGUGUCAAGAUUUGCGCCAGAGUAUGCAGUCCUUCUGAAGAUUUUAACGGAAGUGAAAACUCGAGAGCCAGACUUCCAGCCACACUCAAUGUUUGACUUUGGAUCGGGCGUAGGAACAGCAACAUGGGCAGCUAGAUCUGUGUGGGGAGAUACAAUACAAGAGCACUUCAAUGUGGACUCUUCAGGAGAAAUGAAUGACUUGGCGAGUUUUUUGCUAAGAGGUGGGGAUGAAGAAGCAGAGAUGCCAAUUAAAGCAGUGUUUUACCGACAGUUUCUGCCAGCCUCUCACAUGCUGAAGUAUGAUAUUGUUAUUACUGCCUACACACUUCUGGAACUUCCUUCUGCAAGAACUCGCUUAGAAACGAUCCUCAAUUUGUGGAACAAGACAAACAGAUAUUUGGUAAUAGUGGAACAAGGCACAAAUGCUGGAUUCAAGGUAACAAAUGAAGCAAGGGACUUCAUACUGGAACUUGAGAGAAGAAACGAUAGCCACACAGCGACUGUAGCUCAUGUGUUCUCACCGUGUCCACAUGACCUACCUUGUCCUAGGCUUACACAUGAUAAAACGCCUUGUAAUUUUGAAGUGUCAUAUAUACCAUUACCUUUUCAAGGAAGAUGUGAUGCAAAGAAGGAAAGAUAUUCAUAUGUGGUUUUAAAAAAAGGCCCCAGACCAGACAGUGAUGUUCAGUGGCCAAGAAUUGUAAGGAAACCACUUGUUCGUAAGAAGCACACCAUCUGCAGGAUGUGUGUUGCUGGAGGGAAACUGCAAGAGAUCAUCUUCACUGCGUCCAAACAUGGGAAAAUUCCAUAUUGGUGUGCACGAUCAAGUAACUGGGGUGAUUUGUUGCCAAUGACAGUGAAGGAUGUAAAUGGCAAAGAAUGAAUCGGUAAAGACACCUUCAGCAGCAUUCAUAUGUGGAAGAUACAGGAUAGGAGUAGCUAAUUUGUGACUGAUUGAUUGUCUUGUAGUUACUUCAGCUGCUCUGGUCAUUUGUAACUAUAAAGACACCAGACAAUUCAAAUAAAAACCAUGGCUUAUA